GCAGGAAAUGGAUGAUGACACCAGAGCCUGGCUCCAUAGAUUGUCCGGGUUGUUUGUUGAAGUUAGUUCUAUGAUUGUAAAGCACUGACGCUUUGACACGACAAUCUAGGACUCUGGCUACAGCACACAGUCUGCCAUGGCGUCUGUCUUUACAGACUUCAAGGAAGGCCAGAAGAACGGGUCUGGUCCUCGUUUGGCAGCAGCUCUUACGCCCAUCGCAACCUCCGAAAGCCCCGAUCGCUUGUUGUCGUUCUACAACUUUUCUGACUCCGACCACAUUUCGGCAGAUCUGCGCUAUUCACUCUUCCAAGCAAACGGCGUGAAGCUUCCAAAGCAAGAGCAAAAUGGCUGGGUUGACAUCUUCGCAGAGUAUUGGAAGGCUGUAGGGGAGAUCAUCAAGUUCGAGGAGUACAACCCGUCGGCCAGCUGGGCCAAGGUCUUUGAUGCUUGGAAAAUGGUGGCAAAUACUCUCAUCAGAGGCUACACGAACUUCGGGCUUCAAGCAUGGACGGUCCCGUGUCUCUAUGUGGUGGGGAAAUACUUGAGGGUGUUUGCGAUCAAAGCAGAUGCUGAGAUUUCCUCUAAAGGAGCCAUGGCUUUUGGUGAUCAGUUCCAAGAUGAUGUCGCUGCGGAUUUCGAGAAGAGCGCGAAGCUCGAGGAGGCAGCCCGGAUAAUCAAUCGGAUGUUUACUCUUUGUCUGAGCGACAGGGCACCGAUUGAAGAAUCCCGGAAAUGGGGUAUCUACAACACCACAAAUCUUUUGUUCAAGACAUACUUCAAACUCAACUCCGUGGGACUCUCAAAGAACCUCCUUCGUGCUCUUAGCGCUUCAUCUGCCGAUCUUCCUGAGCUGGAAUCUUUCCCCAAGUCCCACAUAGUCACAUUCAAGUACUAUGUCGGUGUUAUUCACUUUCUCGAUGAGAACUACCGAGAGGCGGAAGAACACCUGGCAUGUGCGUGGAACAUGUGCCACAAGGGCGCAUUCAAAAAUCGAGAGCUGAUCCUCACAUAUCUCGUCCCCUGCCACCUCGUCACAACCCAUACUCUACCCUCCCGAAAACUUCUCGCGCCCUUUCCCAGAUUGGAGAAACUAUUCCGCCCCUUGUGCGAUUGCAUACGAAAGGGAGAUUUGGUUGGAUUUGACACAGCCAUGUCCGCCGGAGAAGAGGAGUUCGUCAAGAGACGCAUCUAUCUGCCGCUGGAAAGAGGACGCGAUAUUGCUCUGCGAAAUCUAUUCCGGAAGGUUUUUAUUGCUGGAGGGUUCGAAGAAUCCAAGGAUGGCCAGCCUCCCAUCCGCCGAACUCGUGUUCCUGUUGCCGAGUUCGCAGCAGCGCUGAGGAUCGGCACACAUGCGGAUGACAGGUCUCGCGUAGACAUUGAUGAGGUCGAAUGCCUACUAUCUAACCUCAUAUACAAGGGACUUAUGAAGGGUUACAUUGCCCGGGAGCGAGGCAUGGUUGUGUUGAGCAAGGGUGGUACCGCCUUUCCAGGAACCGGUGUCUAAGACCUCCACUACACCGUUCGAGCGUACGAUAUAAGCCGAGCUUGAGUCAGAGCCGGGCUAGACCCGAAAUGUGAGGUCGCCCAACAGGAUCUGUCUCACGACAUCCAAGUGCUCGCCGCCGAAGAAAGCCCUGAGCUGUAUAUGUGCAGCCUAAUUCCCCAUGAUAUCCUUUAUGAAGCAUGAAUAGCCAUCGGAUGCGACACAGCAGGCUAUCAUCUACAACUAGUUAAUUUUAUACCGACGGUAGAAUGGCCACCUCAAGGGAAGGGUGGAUAUUAACAAGGCUGUACUUCCUGUCUGUCGCGUGGGUCCGACUGGAUUGUUCGGGAAUUGACAUACAUCAGCGGAAGACAGCUUAUACAGAAGCCUACAUCAUCUUGUAUGACUUAGACAUGAGAUUAUGAACAAGAGCAUCUAUCCAUGAC